ACUGCUGUUGCUAUCCGCCGUUGGGCGUGAGCGAGAGUGGCCAGCCACGCCAAGCCAAUGCACAGAUGGGAUCUCAUGGCUCGUGCCGCUCUUGUUUUUUUGUUCUGGUCCGAAGAAGCGAGGGCUAGGCGCGAGCGCGUCGGCGAAGUGACGUGUCACUUCCUCAGCGUGGUGGAGACGGAACCGAGCGAGCCUCUCAACUAGAGGACAAAGGCGACUGUGCAAGCUGACCGAUAAGCUAGAUCAGCGUCGCUUGUCGAUCGCCUCUGCCAUGUCCGCCUCAGCAGAGACCCCACGCGCGAUCCUGCUCGUUGACGCUCCCAACGCACUCGGGUCUUUCCGUCUGUGUCUUUGACGUUCGGUCACCUGCUGUACGCUCUGUUCGAGCAUCACAUCGCCUCCUUCGAUCGUGUCAGACCUCGCACGCGUAGGACGGUGCCAUGGCAGCCGCUUAUAGGAUGAUGCCGAAUAUCGAAGCAACUGGCGAGCGUCCCACCGCAAGUCAUGCGCGGAAGCCAAGCUACAUUCUGGCCGCACCCGUGCCUGGAAGCACACUGACUCAGCUCCCGUCCGUGCGGUCGAAACCCACUGAUCACCAGCCAUCGAACGCUUCAUCGAACGCGACCGUGUUGAGCAAUGCGCAAAGACCGACCCAUCGAUCGCAGCAAAGCAAGACACAGCUCAAUCAUGCUUACCAAGAGCUCGGGAAUCAGCUGUGCUCCACUGGCUUCAAGACAGUUGGGAAUUACUCGCUCGGCCGUGUCAUUGGCGAAGGGACGUAUGGCAAAGUACGGCUGGCCAUACAUCGACUGACGUCUGUCAAAUGCGCCAUCAAGCAGAUUCCACGCUCGUUCGCGCCGCCUAUGCUUACAAGAGAAAUCCACCAUCAUCGCCGGUUGCACCAUCCUCACGUACUGAAAUUAUACGAAAUCGUAGCCACAGAAUCUUCUAUCUGGCUCGUCACUGAGCUAUGCGAAGGCGGAGAGCUGUUUGACUAUCUCGUCGAACGCGGUAGAUUGUCAAAUUCGGAGACACGCCGGCUAUUCGGUCAGCUGGCGCUCGGCGUCGGAUACCUGCACAUGCAGAACGUUGUUCAUCGUGACCUCAAGCUCGAGAACAUCCUGCUCGAUGGAAAGUGCAACAUCAAAAUUGCCGAUUUUGGUUUCGGCAGAGAGUUCGAGCAACGCAAGCUCAUGGAUACUUACUGCGGCACGACGGGCUACGCAGCUCCAGAGAUGAUUGCCGGCAAGAAGUAUACAGGGCCAGAGGUGGACGUCUGGUCCAUGGGUGUAAUCCUCUACAGUCUGCUCUGCGGCAGCUUGCCUUUCGACGACGACGAGGAGGCAGUCGUCAAGCUACUUAUCUCGAAAGGGCAGUAUGAUUUGCCAGAUUGGCUCAAUGAUGAUGCGAGGGGUCUCAUACAAGGCAUACUCAAGGUCGAGCCGAGAGAUCGUCUCACAAUCACGCAAAUACUCUCGCAUCCUUGGUUCACGUCGAACUAUCCGGACUAUCCGCCAAUUUCUCGCUCGCCAAGCAGUCCGACAACGGCGAAGGCAGAAUACCCAUUCCCUUCGCCGACUAUGGCGAGUGUCCACCCUGUUGAGCCUUCGCCGCUCUCUCGCGAACUUGAUCGAGCAAGCACGCAUUCGGAGUCCAAUUCAGACAGCGCGGGCAGCGACGAAAGGCUGCGCCAGCCAAGCUUGGACGCCACUACACCCAGCACGUCUGAAGAUGGCGGUGCGGAUGAGCUCAGGCCGUUGACGUCGAUCGCAGAGCAAGACAAGAUACCUCAGCGGCCUGGGCCGAAGUCACUGCAGUCUGCCGAAUCGCAGAUUACGCUCAAAGAAGCAGCAAUGCCCUUCUUAGAGACGCCAGAUAGACCCCAUUGGCCGUCUCCACUGCUAGGUCAAUCACUGGACGAGGGAGAGCCAGCAGAGCGGCUCUCAUUCGAGCUACCGCCCAUGAACUCACCCUCGCUGUCUAUACCCAACGACAGGCGAACGCCCUCCAGAACAAAGCGGAGAUCGGUUGGCAGCAUCGUCUCUGAGCAUCGCGUACCACUCGUGCUCGACCCAGAGCCCGCCGUACCAGAUUAUCUUGCUAUGCUGAGCAUGCCUCCGCCGCCUUUGCUGUCGUCUGCAAGCGACAGGCAGCUGCUUGACAUGCUGGAGACGCUCGGCUUAGACUCUGGCCAGAUUGUCCACUCGGUCACGACGUUUGCGUGCGAUGCUAGUGGCGCGGUCUGGUGGAUGCUCCGCAAGAAGGCCGACGCGCGCGAGGCUAUGACGGCUGCAAGGAGACGGCAGGCCAGAAAGCAGCUGUCAGCAGAGGCCACAUCUCGCUCGCCAGGGUCACGAGCAGCACCACUUCAUGAGGACCCCAUCUUCAGCACACCCGCUCGGCAAAUUUGGCAUAGUGCCCGUGACUCGGAUGAGAGCUCAUCGCGCAUGAGCAUGCCUACGCUCACGCUGACUUCAUCGCCUCCCGUGUCCGGUGGACCGGCUACUACACUUCUUGCAACGCCGGGCGACAGCGCGCUGUCAAAAAGUGUCGGGUCUGUGUCAGCGACACAUCCAUCGCUCGUGAAGUCGACUGCAGUCAGGCCUAGUCCGUCUCGCUCGGAUACGAGCGAAGAUCGAAUGGCCUUGCGUAAAGCUGGCAAAACACGCUCCACGUCGAUCAGCAUGCUUUCGAGAGCUACUUCGGCUCUCGGUGUGAAGAAGGCAGAUGAGGUGAAGGGCGACGAUUCAGGAGAGUUACGCGAGGCCGCGAGACCGUCAUCGGGCAUGAUCUUGGCGAACCUAUUUACGCGCAAGAUCUCGUCAAGCGGCGAGAAGGCUCUCAAUGACUCACGUGAGACGAUAGAGUUGGCUAAGAACUUAGAAAGCAGUCAAGGGCUGUCGGUUGCCGAGCCGGAGCAGCUCCGACAGGUACGCUCAAUCUCGCCCCGCUCAUUCCCGGCAGGCGAAUCGCGCAGCGUUUCGACGUCGCCUACACGCCAUACUGUAGACCAAGAGCCGCCCACGAACGAUGCUCGUUCCCUUGCGGAAUCCAGCAAAUCCAUGGAUGCUGCUAGUCAGAGCUUCGUGACUAUUGCUACGACGUCCUCAAGAUCAGGCAGGAGCCCAAAGAUCGAAUCAAAGUCGCGUCAGCGAACGACUGCUUUCUUCACAAAUGUUCGUACGUGGUUCCAAGAAGACAGAAGAAAGCGGGGGCGAAGUUCACUGCUUUCGAAUGGACCGGUGGUCAACUCACGAGGUCCCGGUCGACGCAAUAGCGGCUCGAGUUCAUACGCUGGAACGCCUGCUAGGCGACCCUCGAUUGGCAGUCGUACUGCAAGUCAAACGACGGUUUUGCGUUCCCGCCGAGGCUCUAAUGCGUCGAUGAGGCAAGGCUAUGGAGGUGCGGGGCUGACGCCACUAGCUGCUCGUCGACGCAGUGAAGAUAGCCGGGCAUCAUUCGACGGUCGCUGGGAAGCUUAUCUGACACCUACGAGCGAGGAUCCUCACGGUCUCGGAGAUAGGCAAAGAGGCAGUCUUGCUGGUUAUGCAAUGACUCGCAGCACCUCGCAAGGCUCUGCCAGCUCGCGCACUGGUCUUUAUGUCAGCUCGCCAGUCUAUCGUCGACCGCCGUCGACAACCCAAGUGAGACGUAUUCAUCUAUCACCGACGCUCGCCGACGCAAGAUUGACAUCAAGCGCAUCGUCUGCUCGAUCAAGCUCGUCUAGACGAUCGUCCAUCUCGGGCGAGCCAGACUACGACAAGGCCGGUCAUGGCUCCGACACGAUUUACGAGGAAGACAAUGAGCCUUCCUUGCUCAUCGAGCGACAAAGAUCAGCAGCGCUCGAUAAGCUAUCCGGUCAGGAGCGUGUCGGACGAUCGCAUUCGCCUCGUCUCGACAAGAAUCGGCCGGCCUCAGCCCAAAGCACCCGGCGGCGCUCAAGCGCAAGUACAAUCUUUGCCGCCCACAAGACUCACAAUGUCUUCGGAGCACCUUCGACAGCCUACAACCACCCGCCCAGUCGAUCGUCCAGCUCGUCUACGUUCAGAGCUCCACAAGCCGAUCGAGAUGUCUUUGCUCGCAAGGACGAUGACGAAUGGGUCGACGAGGACGAUCUGGACCGGUACGGCGACGGCUUUGGCCAAUGCGCCUCUCACUCGUCCGUCGGGAGUUCGUCUAGCAGCUUAGUCGACGAAGAUGGUAUGCCCACAUCUGGCGAUGAUCGACGCGGUCUAGGUCUUGAUGCCGAAAUACACCCUCAGUCGGGUAAUAUACUAGGCAGAGGUCGCUACGCGGGCAUCGGCAUACGAGCUGAGGACAUGACUAUCAAUACGCGCAAGACGGGCGGGCGAUCAGCUCCUGCUGCGAUAGUAGAGGAAGAGGAAGAAUGAUAUAUCUUUG